AUGCUCUGUGCACAUUUGAUCGGGACAUCUGCAGUCCCUCCUCAGCAGUCAGAAAACCGAGGCUCUGAAAGACCCACUCGCCACUUAUACCGGAACGCCCCAACCCCACAGUUCCAGGGGAAGUGGUACAUCAUAGCUUGGGCCCAGAACACAGCUUGGAAUGAGAGCCUCAGCAGAGCAGCCUUGUACAGUGUCACCUACAGGCUGAACAGCAACAACAGCUACAGUGUCACCUCUGAUUGGUUCAGCCCCACAGGAUGUGUUCACAUGUCCAACCCCAUAGUCCCAAGCGACCAGCCCAGCCAGUUCACCUUGGAGAAUAUAACAAGUUUCGAAGGAUUGCAGAACUUCACCAUGACAGUGGUAGAAACUGACUACAAUCAGUUCUCCAUCGUGUCCUUCAACAUGACUCUCAAAAACAGGGUGUACUUUGAGAUGAUCCUCUAUGGGAGGACCAAGAAGUUGAUUCCUAAAGUGAAAGAUCACUACCAUAAAUUGGCCAAGUCUCUGGACAUCCCUGAUUGCCACAUCAUCUUCACUGACCCCUUGGAGUUUUACCCCACCACGAUGAUGUUCAGACCUCCUGGGUGGGGACCUUUCGGAAGUCGGGGCCUGGCCGGGGCCAUUGCGGAAUAUGCCACUGGGAACCCAGCCUGCUGGGAGAAGACUCCCAUGGCCAGGUCCGUGUCUUGCCUGAGUGGCCCCGUUCUGCACAUUGGCAGCACCAGCUGUGGAAACAACACAGAGGGAUCCCUAUUGCUUCUUCCCCCCGUUGUCAGGGGAGCAGCCAGAUCCCUCCCUGCAGUUGCCCUUGCAGAGCCCUACCUGGUGUUCCUGGAAGUCUGGCUGCAGUGGGAACUUGUCCAGUGGUGGGAUAUCAGUCAUGCCUGGAAUAGAGUCCAGAGCCUGGAUAUUCAGGCCCCCCAACAGGAGGCCCAGCCACAGGAGACCCAGGACCAUGGCUGCAGAGAAGCUGCUGUGCUGGCAACUAUUGGAGGAGAAAGAGAAGCACAAAGAAGGCCAACUAUGGAAAACUAUUUAUGGCCUCCAAUCUGCCCCUCCUUGGGUGGGGAGAUCCGUCCUUUGAUAAAUCUACGACAGGAGAGUCCUUUGGUGGCCACUCCUUCAGAAACACAUAACCAGAUAUCUUCCACUCCCCUGCGGUAACCUGGAGACCUCAUCUUCACCAAGAUGAAAGGUUAUCCUCACUGGCCAGCUCUAGUGGAUGAAGUUUACCAUAGUUUUCCUUGGAACUUAAUCUAACUGCCCAUCUUUUUGGGGGGGACUCUGAAGACUGCUCUUUUAGGACCAAAGGAUAUAGUUCCUUACUCAGAAAAUAAGGAAAAGUAUGGUAAACCAAAUACAUGAAAAGGUUUUAAUGCAACUUUAUGGGAGAUAGACAACAAUCUGAAAGUGAACUGUUCAAGCCAAUAGGCAUCAGAUAAACAGCCAAACACAUCAUCUGAGGUUGAAGUUGAAGAAAAAGAAAUUGUUUCAAGGGAAGAUGGUGAUCGUGAAGCAAAAGCAAGCAAUGAGGAGACUAAAGCAGUUGACAUAGCUACUCCAACAGCUGCCAGAAGAGGGAGAAAGAGAAAGGCAGAAAAAGUAGAAACCAAGGAGGCAGGAGUAGUGACAACAGCAACAGCAUCUGUUAAUCGGAGUCCUAAGAGAGGAAGACUUGCAGCUACAGAAGUCAAGAUUCCAAAACCAAGAAGCAGAGCCCAAAUGGUAAAACAGCCUCACCCUUCAGAGAGGUACAUGGCAGCUGAAAAAGACAAAAGUAGGAAAAUUGGGCAAGAGGAAAAACCACCUAAAAGGCAGUCUAAAAAGAAUUAAGACAGCCAGAAUGAAAAAGAUAAACCAAGAAAAGAGCCAGACAAAAAACAGGGCAAGAAAGAAGUUGAAUCAAAAGGGAAAAAUUUAGCUAAAACAGGGAUUACAUCAACUUCCAAAUCUGAAGAAGAGGGAGAUGACCAAGAAGGCAAAAAGAAGGGAAGGGUUGGAAGAAAUUUACAGACUGCUUACAGAAGGAAUAUGCUGAAAGGCCAACAUGAGAAGGAAGCCACAGACCAAAAACGCAAGUAAGAGGAACAAAUGGAAACCGAGCAGCAGAGUAAAGUUGAAAGAAAUAAUCCAGAAUUAAAGCAAGUGGAGAAGAAACAAGAAACAGCAAUGGAUUUUUGACCUCAAAAUAUACAUGCUGAAAUUAAAAAUUCACUCAAAAUUGAUAAUCUUGAUGUGAACAGAUACACUGAGGCUUUGAGUGAACUUGCUUCACUUCAGAUCACAAUGCAACAAGCUCAGAAACACACAGAUGACCACAACCCUGAAAACAAAAUGAUGAUGAAC